UGCGUUAUCUUUUAGAGAAGGUUGGAUGAUCGUCGCGUGCUCAAAAGGACGGGAUUAUCUGACUCUCUGAUUGAGUGAAUCUGGAAUGGACGGCACUCCAAGUGUCUUCAACAUUUUCAGGCCAACAGAAAACAAUUUAAUAGCUUCCAAAGCAUCUUUUCAACUAUUUUGUAUCAAAUAUUGAAUAUAGAUAAGACGAUUCGGGUGAAAAUUGGCUUGCAGCAAUAUUCCAUAAUGUGCCGAAAGUAAUGAGACUUUCGAUAAAAGGAGCGUGCCCAGUUCUUUGAACCUGAAUUCAUGCCGUAUUUUGGAAUCUAAUAAAGACCAACAAUCCGUGCGUCAUUUUUUCUAAUCGUUAAAUAGACUGUAAAGCUGAAAUCUUUGAAUAUCGUAAUUAGGAAAGCAUUUACUGCUUUACAGCACCCAAACAAAAAUGUCACAGAGAAGGUUAGAGUUUCGACAUUAAAGGAAACGACUAUGUAAAAACACUCUGCCUCUUUCGAACUGGGCCAUUUUUUCUGACAGAGAAGAAUGGUAGAGUUAUGAUUGUCAAGGUGCUUAAUGAAAAUGAACCAUUAUCUGGGUUGAUCAGUAGUGCUCUAUCACUUUAUCUGUAAUUAUGAAUUUCCGAGAAGCCGCUGGCCUACAGUUAGAUAAAUACCGUCCUGCUGUUCUGUUUCUUUAUUCUGUUAAAUAGUUUUACACGACCCGUCACCGAAUACUGCAGCCAAAUUAUCCAAAUUACGUGUUAAAUAUAUCUGAAAAAAGUAUUCACGCGAUUAUCCUGCUGGCAUCACUUAGAUUAUGAAAAGACCUAAGAUUUCUGUAGCUUAAUAUAAUUGAUACCUUUUGAAGUCCUUGAGAAAAAUAACUUUCUAACUGUUAUCGAUCAAGGGGGUAUAAUAUGACGAUGCAUCCUUGAUUGCAGGUAUUGAGUACGAGAUUUUUCUGAAGACCUGAGCUUUAUGAAUACCGAGUCGUCCAAGAAAUGACUGCGAGACAAAAGAACAACCUCUUGAAGUGGACGGUGAAUGAAAUUGUUGUUUUUCUUCUUUCUCUGGAAUUCAAUAAGGUUGUGAUAGGGAUAGUUCCGCCUGGAGGAAUUGAGGGUUUGUGGAUCACAGAUGUGAGUCUCAACGAUAAAGUAAAGGAUGACACGUACUUAUGGAUGCGGGCACCUGUCAGUAGGAUGCAGUGUGCGUUAGAGUGCACAGCGGAUACACGCUGUCUGUCUCAUUUUUACAAAGAAACCAGCGCCACCUGCAUUGCACAAGAUGAAAAACUGGACUCCAUGACCGUUCGAAAUUCCUCUGGAUUCUUAGCCUAUGGCUUCCAAAAUCCACCGGAAUGUGGUGCUCCUUUUCUGUUUGACCGCCCUGCCAAUCUGUGUUUCUGGAGGUCAGACGUAAAGGGCAACAGAACGACAGCACAGCAAGUGUGUGGUGCAUAUGGCGGUUCAUUGGUUACCAUAGAUACAGUUGCCAAGAGAAGUGCCGUGUUGUCAUACCCCAAUUUUGCUAAUACGCCUACAGGAUGGCAACCAUCCUUUCUGAUUGAUGGAAAUGACGAAAAUCAAGAAAUGGACUUUCGGUUCAAGGAUGGAAGUCCAGUUCCUUCGACCUUUUGGUCAGGUGGCUAUCCAAGGAAUAACACGGCAGAAAAUUGCAUUCACAUUCCAACCUAUGACCCCAACGGACUUUUUAUACACUAUGAGUGCCAUAAUAGUAAUUAUUACUUUGUCUGUCAGAAGCCCUAAACUUAUUUGGGAAGGAAAAAUUUGAAGAAUAUAUACAAAGGAAAUUUAUUUAAGGGAAAACUAUAUUGUUGAAUAAUUCACUUUGCAUUGGCUUUGCUUUUUGUUUAGCCAUUAUAGUUUAUAUCAUCAUAUGCUAAGAAACUAUCUCAAUGAAUGUACUAUUACGUUAUGAUGUGAUAUGUGAUACGAUGUUACAGCAAGUUAAUGUUAGAGUACUCUAUCCAGUGAUAUUGCAAUUUUGCAUAUUAAAAACAAUGUUCAGUUGUGCAGUUUUUUUGCACUUUAUAUAGCUUAAAUACAUGGAAUGUAUUAAGAUCUUUCAAUGUCAAUGUGAAUUUGUUGAUUUAUGUUGAAAAUUGUGAAAUUCAUGUUUA